UCAGUGCUGGGCGAAGAACCUUUCACUUACAGUUACACCCCUGACCAGUGAAUGGUGAGGGCGCCUAUCCAGCUUGCCCCCUGUAACAGGAGCCUGCCGCCCCCAAACAGCAAGCUCUCCAGGACCUGGGCAGGAUCCACACUUCGUCCUUCCUUUGCCACUGAUGGGCUUUCCAGUGCCGAGGACUGUCCUCCUCUGCCUGAGUCUGACCCUACUUCUCUGGAGCCAGGGGCCAAGUGUCCAGGGCCAAGAGUUCCAAUUUGGACCCUGCCGAGUGGAGGGAAUCACCCUCCAGGAAUUGUGGGAUGCCUUCUGGGCCAUAAAGGACAUUGUGCAAGCUAAGGAUAACAUCACCAGUGUCCGGCUACUACGGAAGGAGAUUCUGCAGAAUGUCUCGGACGCUGAGAGCUGUUACCUCAUCCAUGCCCUGCUGAAGUUCUACUUGAAUACCAUUUUCAAAAACUACCAUGAUAAGGCAGCUGACUUCAGGGUCCGGAAGUCAUUUUCCACUCUGGCCAACAACUUCGUUGUCCUCCUGUCAAAACUACAGCCCAGUCAGGAAAAUAAGAGGUUUUCUGGCCAUGACAGUGCACGAAGGCGGUUUCUACUAUUCCAGAGAGCAUUUAAACAGUUGGACAUAGAAGCAGCCCAGACCAAAGCCCUUGGAGAAGUGGACAUUCUCUUGACCUGGAUGGAGAAAUUCUACCAUCUCUGAAUGCUGGCUGAGACCAGGAAGCCUCCUUGCUCUCCGUGGCAUUUCAAAUGUUCCACGUCCCUUCUUGUGAUAUUCUCUGGGCACUUCAUACCCCUGAUGACGGGUCACAUUCUCGGCCAGGCUUAUCCUCAAAUACUUUCUUUAAAUGGCCCCAGAGAUAGUCAUCGAAGGUUCCC